GAACGUUUGGAAAGGGAAAAAAGGAUUGUGUACUUUCUUAAGUUGCAGAGGAAAGUUGUAGAGAGAGAGAGAGAGAAUGGGAAGGGGUAGAGUUGAACUGAAGAGGAUAGAAAACAAGAUCAACAGACAGGUAACCUUUGCAAAGAGAAGGAAUGGUCUUCUGAAAAAAGCAUAUGAGCUCUCUGUUCUUUGUGAUGCUGAAGUUGCUCUCAUCAUUUUCUCCAACAGAGGAAAGCUCUAUGAGUUCUGCAGUAGCUCUAGCAUGCUAAAGACAUUAGAGAGGUAUCAGAAAUGCAACUAUGGAGCACCAGAACCCAAUAUAUCCACAAGGGAGGCACUGCAGGAGAUAAGUAGUCAACAGGAAUAUCUAAAACUGAAAGCAAGAUAUGAAGCAUUACAGAGAUCACAAAGGAACCUUUUAGGUGAAGAUCUUGGACCUUUAAACAGCAAGGAUCUUGAAUCUCUUGAAAGGCAGCUUGAUAUGUCAUUGAAGCAGAUCAGAUCAACAAGGACUCAAUUAAUGUUGGAUCAGCUAAUGGAACUUCAGAGAAAGGAGCAUGAACUAAAUGAAGCAAACAAGACUUUGAAACACAGGUUGAUGGAAGAUGCCCACCAUUUAACUCUGGACUGGAACCCAAACGCACAAGAUGUAGAGUAUGGAAGGCAAACAAUUCAGCCCGACGGUUCUCACUCCUUUUAUCAUCACAUGGAUUGUGAACCCACUUUACAGAUUGGGUAUCAGACAGAUAGUCAUAUAACAUUAGGAGGUCCAAGUGUGAAUAACUUCAUUCCUGAAUGGUACCCAUGAAAUGGGGAGACAGGCUGAGAUUGUAAUGCUUGAUGAAUAAGCCUGAUGAUGCUUUUAUUUCUUCCCAUAAGAUCCUACAUAUGUGAUCCCUUCUUAUUUUGUUUUUAAAUUUUUUUCACUUUUUGUUUUGUUUAAGCUUUUGUUGUUUAGUGAUAAAGACUUCAAAAAUGCUUUGAUUUAGUACUAUGAUGAUGAUGGCAAGAUAGUCAUUUAACAUUAACUCUGUGUUUACGUACCAUGAUGAUGACUUACCUUAAUAAUUUUAUUAUUCUCUUGAGCUAGAUGC